AUGGAGAUACUUCCUGAGCUCCUUGCAGAUGUCUACCGAUUAUCACUGCAUUUGAAGUUUGAAAUAUUGCUCUCUAUGGAAUCCCUACACCCAAAUGAAGUCGUCGCACUCUCGCCGUCUCCCUUCUUCUUCGUUUCUUCCACAAUCAAGAAGAUGUCGUUAAAUAAGGAACAGAUGGACAAGGGAUGCCAAGGCGCUUCUUCACCGCCUUUUGUAGACUUCACAACAUAUCCCAUGUCGGCCUGCCUGUUACUUCCUGUUUCUCUCGCCCUAUUUCUUUAUCUCCACACAGACCGCUAUCCAGAGUUGAGUUAUCUUCUUUGGUUAUGGUUCAAAAAACAAUACCCUAUGAUCUUUGUCACAUUCUCCUCAGAAAAUGAGAAUAUUCAAGGAGAUGAACCAGUAAAUGACCCUGAAAUCAUUGAUGGGAUUGUCGAGAUAUGA